CUCCUCUCUCUCUCGAGUUGGAGGAAACCAGGAGGCGACGGGGGGGACGCGACGCGACGCGACGCGACUCCACACUCUUCCGCGCGAAUCACCGCUCUCCUCCAGCUGGAGCAAUAAGGGUCACCCGGAUGACCGGGGCAGACCUGGCACCAGUAAUGGAGUUGAUGGCUGUGGCAAAUGGAGGAACAUCCACUGACGUUGUUGCUUCUGAUAAGAAGGAUAAUACCAAGAUGGAAGAGGCUGGCAAGAGCAAGGAUGUUGCAGUAGCGAAUACCAAUGCCAACCAACAGAAUAAAGCCUCAGAAAACGACACUGAGGGCUCAUCUCAUGAUGAUGCCAAGAUGGAGGAGGCUCAAGAUGCAAAGGAAGAUGAUGUGGGUGCUGUAAAGCAGGCGGGUUUAGAGGAUGUCAUAUCGGGUGCCGCAGACAACACAGAUGCCAAGGAAGGUAAUGGUGCCAAUGCGGCAGAACAUGAGGAUUCCAAAACGGCUGCUAUUGAGGAUGUAGUUGCAAAGGAAGAUGACAACACCAAGUCAGCAGAACACAAGGACUUCAAAAUGGUUAUUGUAGAGGAUACAGAUGCAAAGGAAGAUGACAAAGCCAAGGCAGCAGAACACGAGGAUUCCAAAACGGCUGGUAUUGAGGAUGUAGCUGCAAAGGAAGAUGCCAACACAAAGUCAGCAGAACACAAGGACUCCAAAAUGGUUAUUUUAGAGGAUGCAGAUGCAAUGGAAGAUGAGAAAGCCAAGGCUGCAGAACACGAUGAUCACAGAACAGGUGGUGUGGCAGCAGAACACAAGGAUCACAGAACAGGUGGUGUGGAGGAUGCAGAUGCAAAUGAAUACAAUGGUGCCAGGGCUGAAGAAUGCAAGGAUGCCAAAAUGAAUUCUGUAGAUAAUGCAGAUAUGAAGGAAGAUGAAGAUGCCAAUGCAGCAGAACAUGAGGAUGCCAAAAUGGUUGAUGUGGAUGCUGCAGAUUCAAAGGAAGAUAAUGGCACCAAGGUAGUGGAACACGAGGAUGUCAAAAUGGGCACCGUGGAGGAUAUUGAUGCAAAGGAAGAUAAUAACGCCAAGGCAGCAGAACAUGAGGAUAUCAUAAUGGGUGUGGUAGAGCAUGCAGAUGUAAAAGAAGAUAACAGUUCCAACAUAGCAGGACGUGAGCAUGUCAAGAUGACAGAGGCUGAGACCAAGCCAGGAGAUGCAGUGCUCGAAGACAAAGGGCACACGGAAGAAAAGGAUGUGAACACAGAGGUCAAGAAGGGACUGAAAGAUGCAGAACAAUGUGGUUCUGAGAUGCAGGAUGAAUUGAAUGGGAAAGGAAACAAUGGAGCGGCUCGGCAGCAAGAAAAUAAAGCUGAAGAAAUGAGUGAUGAUGAUAGUCAAGGGGAAGAGGAAGUAGAAGAGAAGGGCUCUUCAGUUAAGAAAGAGGAAGGAGAGGAUGGUAAGGCAAACGAGAAUGAAGAAAAGCUAGAAAAAGAAAGUGCGAAGAAGGAAGGAAAAGAUGGCAAGGUAACAGAAGAGGAGGUCGGCGAGGCAGACAAGAAUGUGGAAGAAAAUAAGGAGGAAACACCUAAGAACAAGAGGGCAAGGAGUGCUAGGGAUAGACGCCAGGGACAGGACAAGAAACAGCAUGGGUCCAAAUCCAGGGAAGCCAAAAGUUUACUAAACACUCCCAGCCCUUAUGGUAUUGAUCGCCCUCAACGUGAGAGGAAAAUAGUAGAGAGGUUGGUUGAAGUGAUUGAUAAGGAGCCAAACAGGAACUUCGUAGUUGAGAAGGGUCGUGGUACUCCUUUAAAGGAUAUACCAAGUGUGGCACAGAGGUUAACGAGGAAGAAACCUGCUGAUCUUAAAUUUCUUCACAAUGUUCUUUUUGGGAGGAAGGGCAAGACUGUCGAUUUUAAAGGCCAUAUACUUCAGUUCUCUGGAUUUGUGUGGCAUGAGAGCGAUGAAAAGCAGAGAGCCAAGGCAAAGGAGAAGCUUGACAAGUGUAUGAAAGACAUGCUGGUGGAUCUCUGUUGGCUUCUUGCUAUUCCGGUUCCCAAAACAAACAUCAGAAAGGAAGAUAUUGUGGCAAAGCUGUUGGACUUCAUUGCCGAACCUCAUGUUAUGCCUGAUUCUGGCCUUUCUGAUGACCAGGGGUCAAAUUAUAGGAAACGCAAGAGAGGAGGUGGUAGUUCAAGCAAGACUUCGGAUAUCACUCCCAAGAGGUCUAAGAAGAAAUUUGCUGACCACAUAUCUCCAAGGCAAAAGCAAGCUCUGGAGUAUGAUACGGAUGAAGAUGUGAAGUCUGGCAGCGAGGAAGAUGCAGAUGAAUCUCCUGAUGAGCAGGAAGAUGGCUAUGACUCUGCCGAAGAAAAGGCAAGUAGGAAGUCCUCGGAAGUAAAAGAUUCUGCAGGUAAAAAGAAGGCUGCUGCUGGGAGCACCCAUAGGACAAGUCCGCCAAGGACAGCAAGCAAGACUGCAGGCAAAACAUCACCAUCCAAAGGUUCCAAGGAAAAGGAGAGCCUUGAUGAGAGUGCAAAGGUCUUCUCUAGGAAGAAGAAACCCAUUAUAUCAAAGCGUACUCCAAGCUCUGAAAAGGUGAUAGAAGAAAAUAAGUCAUCAGGUAAAGAGGCAAUGAAGAGCAAAGGCGAAUCAGCAGAAGGGGGUCUACCCAGUAAGGCUGAGUUGAAAAAGACCAUUAUCGGAAUCCUUAAAAAAGUUGACUUCAACACGUCUACUUUUAGCGACAUUCUUAAGAAGCUCGAUGACCAUUACAAGAUUGAUCUGACCUCAAAAAAAGGAGCUAUCAAAAUUAUGAUUCAAGAAGAGCUGACAAAGUUAUCGGAGCAGGAGGAUGAUGAUCAAGAUAAAAGUGUAGAUGCCAAGAAGAAACAGUCACGGCAUAGAGCAAAGGUCACUGGUUGAAGCGUUGUGAAACACCAUAGCAUUAGCGCCCAGUGUUGAUUAUUUUGUACUUAAUACCUACUUUACUUUUGCCUUGAUGGGUUCUUGGGCAGUCCUGUGUUAAUUAUUGUUUCUAUGUUUGCAAACACCAAAAUCCUAGCCCUGUUUGUGUAUGCGAAAACAUAACCUGUAGUUAGCUCCAUACUGGGAGGCACUUCAAGCUAACAUUUGUCUGUAGAUUUGCAUAUGCUUUCCAAAACUCUCAAAUGGUUGUAGCAGAGCAUGUUGGAUAGUGUGAUAAUAGGUUUAAAUAGAAUAUGGGACAUA